AUGGCAAUCUCGUGCUGCAUGUGCGGCGCGCAGAUCGAGGCCAACGCCAUGAACAUGUGCGCGUCCUGCAUCGCGACCGAGGUGGACGUGGCCGAGGGCAUCGACACCGAGUGCGAGCUGGUGCAGUGCCGCGGCUGCCUGCGCUUCCAGUCGCGCGGCAAGGGCCAGCAGUACAGCAGCGCGGGCGGCGCGUGGCUCGGCUGCGACUGGGAGUCCAAGGAGCUCAUGGCGCUGUGCCUCAAGAGCAUCCCGGGGCUCAGCAAGGCCAAGCUCAUCGACGCCGGCUUCAUUUGGACCGAGCCGCACUCGAAGCGCGUCAAGCUGCGGCUCACGCUGCAGCGAGAGGUGGCCAACCACGCCGUGGUGCAGAACACGUGCGUCAUCACCUUCGUCAUCCACAGCAUCAAGUGCCCGGACUGCACCAAGCAGUACCACAACAACACCUGGCGCGCGCUCGUGCAGAUCCGCCAGAAGGCCGAGCACAAGCGCACGUUCCUGCGGCUCGAGCAGGAGAUCCUCAAGCACAACGCGCACCAGGACGCCAUCGGCAUCACCGCGGUCAAGGAGGGCAUGGACUUCUACUUCGGCACCAAGUCCACGGCCGAGCGCUUCAUCCACUUCCUAUCCGCGCACGUGCCCAUGCGCUCCAAGUCGUCCAGCAAGUUGAUCUCGGAGAACGUGCACAACUCGACGGCCAACCUGCAGCUCACGUACAGCGUCGAGCUCAGCCCGAUCUGCAAGGACGACCUGCUGGUGCUGCCCAGGAAGUUCGCGCAGAGCUGCGGCAACAUCUCGGACGUGACGCUGUGCGCGCGCACCACGUCCAUGGUGCACUUGCUGGACCCUGUCUCCGGCCAAAAGGCCGAGCUCGCGACGGACAGGUACUGGAAGCUGCCGUUCCUGCCGCUGGCCACGAGCUCCGAUAUGGUCGAGUUUAUCGUGCUGGAUGUGGAGCCCGUGGACCCGCGCGACCUGCGCCAAGUCGGUCCUGCGCCGACCUCAGGCAAAGGACGCAAGUCCAAGUACGUCGUGGCGGACGUGGAAGUGGCUCGCGCCAGCGACUUUGGCGUGAACGACACGACUUUCCAGGUGCGCACCCACCUGGGCGGCGUCUUGACCGCGGGCGACACGGUCAAGGGCUACGAUCUCUCAUCCGCCAUCUUCGGCUCGAGCCAGACGUACUCGCUCAAGAACGAGCUGCCCGACCUCGUGCUCGUGCGGAAGGUCUAUCCGCGUGAGAGCGGCAAGCACCACAAGGGCGACCGCAAGUUGAAGACGCUAGGAGCUAGCCGCCGUGGCAAGGUUAGCAAGGCCGAGACGGCGCGACUGCAGCACGAGAUGGAAGUUUUCACUGAGGAAUUCCUGGAAGAGAAGGAGCAGGAGGCGCAGGAAGGCGUCGACGAAGAUGAGGACGAGGUGCAGGAGCAGAAGUAUACAGAAGGAGAGGAAGAAGAACAUCUCCCCGAAGAUGCUGACGCGUCUACGAGCGUGGAAGAGCAGACGGCAGCUAUGACCAAGCUCAAUUUGUUAUAAGCAGUGGGCAAACACCCAGCUAGUUGAGAGGAUGCAAGCAGUAUAUCGGUAGCUCCAAUUGCAAUUGUAUCGCACAUCAUU